ACUUCACUUGCAGUGGUUUGCUUGAAGCACAAACUUGUUGAAUUCUAACAUCAUGGCGGACGAUAUUGCACAAAAACCCAUGCUGAAGACAAGUUUCAAAUCGGUCAAAACGAUCGAAUCGAUCUACACCGGUGGCAAAGUGGUCAUCACUUCCGACGAAAAGCUCAUUAUCUCGACGCUCAACGAAGAUAUCGAAGUGACUGAACUUGCUACAGGCAAGAAUGUGCAUCGAUUGGCUGGCGAUACCGAGAUUGUCACCACGCUUGCGGUUAAACCCGACGGAAAGCAUCUCGUCAGCGCAAGUCGAAGUCUAAAUAUGCGUAUUUGGGAUAUGGAAAGCGGAGAAUGCGUUCGUACAUUGAAGGCGCAUGAGGCGCCUAUCAUCGUCAUGGAUAUUGAUCCCUCCUCUACAUUGGUGGCUACGGGUUCGGCAGACGCUACCAUCAAAGUGUGGGAUAUUGAUAAGGGUUAUUGUACGCAUAACUUGAAGGGUCACGGUGGCGUGGUGUCGGCUGUGAAAUUUCAUCAUUUUGAAGGCAAAUGGUACCUGGCUUCCGGUGCGGACGAUUGUCAGAUUCGUAUCUGGGAUUUGCAAAAGCGAAGCUGCAUUGCUGUUUUGCGAAGCCACGUUAGCGUUAUCCGAGGACUCGACUUUUCGGCGGAUGGAUCUUUGUUGAUUUCGGGUUCGCGUGACAAAGUUGUCAACGUUUGGGAUUGGAAAGCGAGCAAGUUGAAAGCGACUCAUCCUAUCUACGAGACGCUUGAAACAGUCGGCUUUUUGUCGCAGAAUACGGAUUUGAGUCAUUACGAUGCCAAGUGGCUGGAUGCCGAAAUCUUUUACACAGCGGGUGAUAAGGGCGUGGUGCGAUUAUGGGACUUGAAGUCGGGCGAACUUGUUCAGGAGCAAACCGCGGAAAAUAACAGCAAACAUACCAUUUCAGAUGUCAUCUACUGUCGACGAUCACAAAAUCUCGCUGCGGUCACGAACGAUCAGAAUAUCCUCAUCUACUCCAUUCAGAACCAAAUGCGACGUGUCAAGCAAAUCGUCGGUUACAAUGACGAAAUUGUGGAUUUGGUGUAUGUUGGCGCCAACGAGACCCAUUUAGCUGCAGCGACCAAUAGCGAGCAACUCCGAGUCUAUAAUGUGGAAACGCAAGAUUGUGAUCUGGUCUACGGUCACAAAGAUAUGAUCAUAUGUUUGGCCCGAUCAACCGACGGCGAAGUUUUAGUGACGGGUUCAAAGGAUAAAACGGCACGAGUGUGGAAGAUCAAUGUAGAAGCAGAAGAUCCCACUGAACGAUAUGUCUGUGCUGGUCUUUGUGUAGGUCACACCAACCCUAUCGGUGCAGUAGCAAUGUCCCGAAGAUCGAGAAAUUUUAUGAUCACCGGUAGUCAGGAUCGCACUAUCAAAUAUUGGAAUUUACGCGAGAUCAACUGGGAUCAGCCUAAAGACGACUUUCAUCCACGCUCAUUAUACACUCAUCAAGCGCACGACAAAGAUAUCAAUACUAUUUGCGUAGCUCCCAACGAUAAAUUCUUUGCGACAGGUUCGCAAGACAAGACGGCCAAGAUCUGGAAUGUCGACACUGGCGAAUUGGUGGGCACUUGUCGUGGCCAUAAGCGCGGUAUUUGGUGUGCGCAGUUCUCGCCUGUGGAUCAGGUCCUGGCCACAAGUUCAAGUGACAAGACGAUCAAGAUUUGGAGCUUAAAAGACUUUUCAUGCUUAAAGUCAUUUGAGGGCCACACCAAUUCGGUUCUGAGAGUCAACUUUUUAACCAUGGGAGUUCAGCUCGUUUCGGCAGGAUCGGAUGGUUUAGUCAAAUUAUGGACGAUCAAGACCAAUGAGUGUGUGAAUACCCUUGACAAUCAUACCGAGAAAGUUUGGGCGUUAACGACCAGAAAAGACGAAAAGUUUGUGGUUUCCGGUGGUGCCGAUUCCGUUGUCAAUUUCUGGGAGGACGUCACCUUGGAAGAACAGGAGGAAGAAUUGAAAGAAAAGGAAGAGUUUAUCAUCAAAGAACAAGAAUUACAAAACUUUAUGCGCAAAAAGGAUUACUUGAAUGCCAUUCUUUUGGCCUUGUCAUUGAACCAACCUUUCCGACUGCUAAAGAUUUUCCGCGAAGUGAUGGAAUCGCGACCAGAAGGGGACAGCAGUAUCACUGGCUCUUCACAAGUGGACUCCAUCGUGGGAGAAAUGACCCAAGAACAAAUCGAGAAAUUACUGGGCUACAUCCGCGACUGGAAUACCAAUGCUAAACAUUCAGAUAUCGCGCAAUCCGUAUUAUAUGCAUUACUGUCUUCCCACAGUGCAGAAGAAUUAGUGGAAAUCGCCAAUGCCAAAGAGAUUCUCGAUGCACUACUGCCCUACACCGAUCGCCAUUAUCAACGUAUCGAUGAUCUUAUUACACAAUCUUAUAUUGUAGACUAUACUUUGCAUGCUCAAGAAUAAAUU